UGAGGUUUGUCAAAGAUGAUGAAAUGAUUUCAAUUGAAAGAAGAAGAAAAAAAAAAGGAAGGAAUUAUGAUUUAUGAAGGAGAAGAAGUUUAGAAAACAAGAAGAUGAGUAAUUUUUUGUUUUUAGAUUUUUAUAUUUUAAAUAGAGGAUAAUUUAGGCAUUUGUUACUAUAUCAAGACACCGCAUGACCAUUUUUUUAGUUACUAGGAAUUCAAGUGAAACCCCUCCUCGAUCGUAGGUUUCUUUUUGAAGUCAUCUCGGUCAUUUACCGAAAGUCUGCAACUUCAGUUCAGACUCUCUCUCUCUCUCUCACGCACUCAACAACCCAAAACCCUAUCCCAAACCCCAAACAGACCGUUUCCAAUGGAUUCUUUAAUCAGAGCCGGAACUCAUAUUCAUGGAGUUACAUUAUCUCCAUCUCCAAAUUCGAUUAAAAAACAACCUUGUUAUUCGAAUCUUCAUUUUCCCUCAAAUUCACGUCCUAACAAGUUCAGUAUUAGGGUUUCAUCUUCGCAGAAUAAUGCUGCCGAAGGUGAAAGAAACCCUAUAAUCAGAAAGAUAAAGAGUACAGCUGGAACCAUCAUCUUAUCAGCAGCGACUGCAUUGAUGAUUGGGAAGUUAUCUACCCUACCUGCAAGAGCAGAAUCUCCCAUACCCGUUGUUGAAGAAUUAAAAGAAGAAACCCAAAGUCAAGAACUGGAGAUAACAACUGAGUCGAAGUUACCUCAGUUUCUUGAAUCUAGUCCAGAAGCAAUCAAUGCCCUUAAAUCUGUAGUUGAACAAAAAUUAGAUAUAGGUGAGGAUGAGGAAGCUUUAGCAAUUUUGAAACGCAUAGUUGAAGCUCAACCAAAAGAAGUUCAAUGGAAAUUUAUGAUGGCUAGAGUAUUGAAUGAAUUAGGUCGAAUUGCGGAGUCACAAGUGGUUUUCGAUGAGAUUUUGAGGGAAGAUCCUCUCUGCUAUGAAGCUCUUUUACAGAAUUCUUUAUUGAUGGAUCAAAACGGAGAAGGAGAAGCUGCGGUUCAUCGUCUUGAAGCUGCCCUGGAACUUGCUUUAGAAGAAGACAAGCAGGAAUCAGCUCGUGAAAUCAGGCUUAUUAUGGCUCAACUUCAGUUUCUUCAGCGGAAAGUGGUGAAUGCAUUGAAUAGUUAUAAGGUGUUAGCGAAUGAGGAUCCAUCUGAUUACAGGCCGUUCUUCUGCUUAGGUUGUAUCUAUACCUUGCUUGAGCUGAAUGACGAAGCCAAAGCGCAAUUUGCAAAAUGUCAUGAACUUAAACCAGAAAAAUUUGAGGUUAAAGGAUAUGUGCAGUCACCAGUUUCGAGGUCGAAGUUAUUUUCAGUAAGUUCGGAUGUUUCUUGAGCUCGUUAUUGCUACCAGCACUUUGGAAUCAUGAAUAAUGAGUGAGGUGACUGCAUAGCUUGGA